AAUGACUGUCACCUAUACAGCCAGAGUUGCAAACGCCCGAUUCUGUGGCUUUUCCAAGCUGCUUUUGGCCUGGAAAGGCAGCAUCUACAAGGUGUUGUAUAAAGAGUUCGUGGCUUUCUUUGCCAUGUACACUGCCAUCAGCAUCACUUACAGAUUUUUACUUUAUGAUGACCAGAAGAGGUAUUUUGAAAAGCUGGCUAUCUAUUGUAACGACUAUGCCAGUCUCAUCCCCAUGUCCUUUGUGCUGGGUUUCUACGUGACCCUGGUGGUAAACCGGUGGUGGAACCAGUACACCAGCAUCCCGCUGCCUGACAGGCUCAUGUGCGUCCUAUCGGGGGGCCUCCAGGGCAGCGAUGAGCGAGGUCGCCUGCUGAGACGCACCAUGAUGCGCUACGCCAGUCUGUCAGCCCUGCUCAUCCUCCGCUCUGUCAGCACCGCCGUCUUCAAACGCUUCCCCACCAUGGACCAUGUGGUCGAGGCCGGAUUUAUGACGAGAGAGGAAAGAAAGAAGUUCGAGGGCCUCCACUCUCCUUAUAACAAAUACUGGAUCCCCUGUGUUUGGUUCACCAACCUGGCUGCUGUGGCUCGCUGCGAGGGCAGAAUCAAAGACGAUCACACUCUGAAACUGCUGCUGGAGGAGCUGAAUGGGUUUAGAGGAAAGUGCAGCAUGUUGUUUCAUUACGACAUGAUCAGUGUGCCUCUGGUGUACACUCAGGUGGUGACUCUGGCCGUGUACAGUUUUUUCCUGGUGUGUCUAAUUGGUCGGCAGUUCUUGGAUCCCAGUCAGGGUUAUCCACAUCAUGACCUGGACCUCUACGUGCCCAUCUUCACCCUGCUGCAGUUCUUCUUCUAUGCAGGCUGGCUCAAGGUUGCGGAGCAGCUGAUCAACCCCUUUGGAGAAGACGAUGAUGACUUUGAGACCAACUGGCUGAUAGACAGAAACUUCCAGGUGUCCAUGAUGGCGGUGGAUGAGAUGUACGGAGAUCUGCCGAUGAUGGAGAGAGAUCGUUACUGGAACGACUCCAACCCCCGGCCACCUUACACUGCAGCCACACUCUUUGUCCUCCGCAAACCCUCCUUCCAGGGGUCCACUUUUGACAUGGCGAUUCCCAAGGAGGAGAUGCACUUCCAGCCUCUAGAGGACAUUGCUGAGAACUUGGAGGAGUCGGGCACACGCCAUCCCAACAUGGCCCUCUUCAACCGGCUCCUCAAUGCAGCCCCUUCCCCAACCGGCUUCAUGGGAGGAGCUCUUCGUCGCACCUCAGCACAGCUUCAGAGGCUCCACCACUCUCCCAGCAUUGAGCAGUGCACCAGUGAUGAUGAGGAGGAGGAGGGCAGCUGUAAAAUAGGCAAAGGUGGCUCUCUGCCAUCUGGCCUUGGACAGGAGACCCAGAGCACCAUGUGCAGCUUCAGGGAGGAGAAGAGCGUCCGAACACCGCUGCUGGACGUUCAGUUUGGAGGUCAGCCUGACAGGAUGGAGGUGAGUGGAGAGGACGGUGGGAGCGAGGAAGAGGGCCAGAUGAAGGGAGAAGGAGCGACAUCAGAGAAGGGGGAGGCCUCCAGAGCUCCACUGCUUCCUCCUCCGCCUCAGUCCACCAGAGAGACGUCCGCUCGGCCAGCAUCCGCCAUCGCCUCCGGUCACCACUCUGCUUUCCUGUUUCACCCAGAGGCCCAUUCCAGUCUGGAGCACUGCAGCUCCCAGCCAGCCAUCAAUCAAAACAGGGCUGUCCCCACCAUCCCCAAACCUCCUUUUGGUGGAAACAAAAUGUCCUUCCUUGCUGUGCCGUCCUACAACGAACCUCAGCGUUUUCGCAGCGUGAGCAUGGGCUCAGAGCUCACAGGCUCUUAGGUGGACGAUGUUGUGGUGUUUUACAGUAUAAUGCUUGAUUCACUGCACACUUUAAAAUUAGUCACUGGAAUGGAACUUCUUAUCUUACUCUCAGAUGACAGCGCCUUUGAGGACAUGCAGUUUUUUGGAAGUUAGUUUAUUAUAGAAAACCAUUCUUGAUUUUGUCAUAGAAACAACUGUUGAAGUUGAACUGUAAACUGAGCUGCAUUUCAAAGAUCAAAAGUGCAGGAAAUUGGGAAAUUUGUGAAUAUGCUGGCACUGAUAGUAACUGUAAAGGAACACUCUUACAUUUUGUGAGUGUUUCUAACAUCUGUACAUUCACCACAACAGUUUUUGGCAUUUAGUUAAGCUUAGCAUGGGCACUGGAAGCAGGGGUAAAUGAUUUGUUGAUCUGUUUUAUUUUAAACGUUGCAUCCAGGUUACUUGCAAAUUUCCUGUAAAUGAAUCUCAAGUCUUAUAUGAAAAUUCACUACAAAGUCUGUGAUACUCUCUGAGUAAAGUUUGCACAAGAAAUAUUGCUGAAAAGAAGACAAAAUUCAUUGAUGACUUUCUUCACUUUAUUCAGCCCAAUUAUUAAAAAUAGUCCUGUGAAUAGAAUGAUUUCUACUGCAUUAUUUUGUGUAUUUUGCUGUUCAUUUAGACAAAUAUUGAAUAAAAUGAGUGUGAAAACAACACACUUUUACAUGUA